AUGGCGCAGAGCGAUAUUGCCCAGGACACCAAAAAAACCCGCGAUAGCUGUGAACAUGUCGAAAAGACUGUCCUCGUGGACCACCACAAAAAAGCGGAAGCUUUCAUCACCCUCGAGAACCUGCCGCCUCUCGAUCCGGCUGUAGAGAAGUCGCUAAAUAGAAAGCUGGACAUCUGGAUCAUGCCUCUGCUCACGCUCAACUUCAUGUUUGCAUUUAUUGAUAGGGCGAACCUCGGGAAUACCAAGAUUAUCGGUUUGGAGAAGGAUCUUGGCAUGCAGGGCUACGAUUUCAACUGGGCGUCGACGGCUUUUUAUUUUACGUAUAUUCUUGUGGAGUUACCCUCCAACAUGGUCCUGAAGAGGGUUGGAGCGAAAAUCUUCCUCCCCGGCCUCUGUUUCAUCUUCGGCAUCAUCACCAUUUCCACCGCCUUCAUUCAAAACUUCCAAAGCAUAGUCGCCAUGCGUUUGCUCCUCGGCCUCGCGGAGGGCGGACUGCUCCCCGGCUACGCUUUUUAUCUCUCAUGCCUCUACCCACGCUACGAGCUUGGCGGCCGCAUCGCGGGGAUGAUGACGUCGUCCCUCUCCUCCGGAUUCGUCGGCGGCUUUUUGGCCCUCGCCUUCGGUAAUCUUGCGCCAUUGGCAAAUGGUAGGCUCCACACGUGGCGCAACGUCUACUUUUUCGAGGGAAUCAUCUCCCUCGUCCUCGCCGUGGUGUCCUUCAUUAUUUUCCCCAACGGCAUCGACGACGCCUGGUUCUUGACCAAGGCGGAGAAGGAGGUUGGCCGCGAACGUCUGAGGCGCCAGGAGUUGGCCGAACAUUCGCCGAAAAUCAACAAGAGACAUAUAAAGCAGGGCGUGUUUAACCUGGGCAACUGGAUGGCCGCUGGUGUCUACGCAAUAAUAAACGUGCCUGUGCAGGCGUGCAUCCUAUUCCUCCCCACGAUCAUCCAUGCCAUGGGAUACACAUCUAGUAGGGCCCAAAUCAUGUCUGGUGCCCCAUUCCUCGUGGGUACCGUUACCCUGGCCGUUCAGGGCUACCUCUCGGACAGGUUCCGUCGUCGAGGAUUAAUCGUACUUGUCUUCAUGCCCUUCAUGGCGCUAUGCUUCAUGCUGCUCCUCAUCUUCACCCUGAGCGGACCCGAGCUUCUGAAGCGCACGGAGCUCCGAUACAUGGCUUUAUUCUUGGGCGUUUCUUUGGGCACUUGUGGAGGGCCGAUUUGCUUAGCUUGGGCAACCAACAACACCCCCAACCCGGGUGUACGUGCGGUGUCCACGGCGCUCAUCGUCGGCGUCGGCACGGCCGGCGCAUUCAUUGCAUCCUGGACAUACACUAACAAGGAAGCCCCCCUGUACGUCACGGGACACUCGAUCAACAUGGGUUUCUCAACCGUCGCCAUCGGCAUCGUCAUUCUCUACUGGUGGUAUUGUAGCUGGGAGAACCGUCAGCGUGACCUAGGCCGGCGAGACCAUCGCCUGAUCAAUCUAACGCAGGAGGAAAUUGAUGACCUUGGUCAUCGGCAUCCCAACUUCCGAUAUGCUUCUUAA